AUCUUAUUUUGACUGAAUAUUUUCUUGAAUGUCCUUUAAAAAAUAAGCACAGUUCAAAGUGUGUGUUUUUUCCAAUUUGCAUCAUUUUAUCAACACUGAAUAAAGUCGAUUUGAAUCACGAACAAAAUUAGAUAGAAUUUGAAAAUUUAAACAAAGCAACAACGAUACACAUUCAACAAUAUUUUCGCUAUGCUACUUAUCAAUAAAGUGUUAACUUUGUGGACAAUAUGCUGCAUACUCUUAUUUUCACAAAUUUCACAGUCCAAUGGGAUUCUAAUCAGCAACUGGUUGAUUGUAUUGAUACUAAUGUGCUUUAUGGAUUUUAUUCUUCUCAUCACAAUUGUGCUGUUCAUGUCUGGAAGACUUGGUGAUUGUGAUGCGGGGAGUAAACUCAAUCAGACAGUGGCAUUAAGUUUUAUCCUGUGGAAAUUGGUUGGACAGAUUGUUCUUUGCUUGUAUUUUGAGGGAUAUAUAGAUGGUUUAUCUUACAACGGAUUUCGACUGUUACAACAACAACAACAACCACAGCAACCACCACCGGCGAGACACCACCUUGUUUUCCUAGUAUUUCCUUUAUGGACUACCAUGCUCAUAUGUUUAUUAGCAGCUUGUAGUCAAAUUGUAAAGAGCCAAAGUACAACAAUUUGGGCAUUUCUUACAAAUGAACAGCCAAGUGAAUGUCAUAAACUCGAAAAUCAACGGAAAACAGAAAUUUCUCUGGAACACUGAUGAAUGCCUUUUGGUUAUGUCAAAUUUUUUUUAUUUACUUAUUAUCAAGAAUCCAAUUUAAUAUAUAUAUAUAUAUAUAUAU